GAAUUUCAUUGCAUCUUAAAACCGCGUUCCAUUCAGACAUCUCCUUCUGUCUCUCUCUCUGUCUCUCUCUCUCUCUCUCUCUCUUUGCCUCGCCAUAAUUGAUAUUAACAUAAAGUAAAAUGGUCACUCGUAACUUUUAGAUUUCAGAUUUGAUAUUUCUUAGAGUUUAUUUAGUAUUAUUUAGUGUUUUUGUGGAAUCUGAACAAACAUUGUGUGUAACGGCGCCUAUACCAAGGUAUACCAAGAUUUAAGUUGUUCGUUGGACACCGCCAUCUUGGAACGAGACUACAAUUACAUGCAACCUUCGCUUUUCCGAAGAUUACUUACAAAAGCAGCAAGCUUAAGUCGCUUAUCUUCGAGUCAGUAACCCUUUAUAAAAUGACACUUUUUAUGCAAGGAAGAGAUGGCGAAAGGUAGCUCUAACGACUGUGGUUUUUGUGCUGACCACUGUGGUGAUUCUCGGGAGAUUUCCAGUAGUGUUUCUCAAGUCCAACACCGCAUCGCUGCCUAUGGCAGAGUUACGCCAUCGCAUGCUACAGAGGACGAGGCUGGUCAACACAACUUGCCAUGAAUACAAGAGCGAAUUGCUUCAUCACUAUGCGCAGUGGCUGGGAGUGAGCGAAUAUUGGCAAAAGGUGGACCCAUUAUUAUUCGUGAACCCGGAUGUUCUCGUAAACAGAAGGCAGCGAUUGGUCUGGUGCAAGGCAUUCCUUCAGGUUCCGAAGGUCGCCUCCACGUCCUUCGUCCACGCCCUCCUUCGGCUAAGCGGCGUGGGGCACCUCCUCGACGCCAGAGUCCACCGAAGUCAUCUACACAUGGUCCUUCGUCGUAUGAUGCCGCCUCCGAGGGCGGACGAGGACGUCAGGGGCUUCGCAGCUUUCAUGGUGGUCAGGCAUCCUUUCCAGAGAGUCCUUUCGGCUUAUAGGGACAAAUUCCUGGACAGGAGCGAAGGCAAGAAGUUCAGGAAAUUCAAGGAGUUAUACGGCCUCUCCAUCAUAGCCAAGCACAGGAAGAGCGAGCCACCGCCGGAGGAGGAGUACUAUAGAGAUGUCCCAACCUUCUGGGAAUUCGUCCAGUACCUGAUCUCGACUCCCGUCUGGGAGUACAACGAACACUGGCGUCCUUACUACCUCACCUGCUCGCCGUGUCACCACCACUACAACUUCAUCUUGCAUCUAGAAACAUUGCAAGACGAUGCGGAAUACCUAGUCAACGCUACAGGGUUACCGGAGCUGGCCCCGUCCCACGUCCAUGCCACGAGAGGCAAAGCCGUGCCCGAAAUACUACUACUACUGCCCGGACAGAAUGGGCACGACUCUAACGAUAAAAACCAGCUGAACGGUGCGAUGAUUCAAAGGCAGGAUCUGAAAAACGGGAUGCGUCUAGCUGCGAAGGAUCUGUUGUUUGAUGUCCCGCCUCCAAAACGCCAUCAGGAAGAAGAAGAAGAAGAAGCUGGAGACAGUCACGUAAACACCGAAGCGAAAUUCUUCGCCAAAAUCAAACGUCAUCAGCUGAUGGAACUUUACAACAUUUUCCUUCUUGACUUUAAGAUGUUCGGGUACGACUUAUCGCCGUACGAUGCCUAUGUCUCCGAUUAAAAAAAUAUGAUAGUAUCAUUCAUUGCUGAGAAUAUUCUCUCUCUCUCUCUCUCUCUCUCUCUCUCUCUCUCUCUCUCUCUCUCUCUCUCUCUCUCAGCAGGUCACGCUUACUUAAUAUUCUGGAUACCUUGAUAUCCGAAUACGGUAUGAAGACAAUUCUCUUACUUGCCGGGGUUCGAUCCUGAUGCUGACUUAUAAAGAAGUACAAAGAUAUCCUUUAGUGAGUUUAAUUUACCUCAAGUUGAAGAAAUUCGGCCGAUUACUACACGAGAAUACUUGUAAACUUUCAAAUUCAUUUAUCGUGAUAUGCAACUGGGUAAGCCAUUACGUAGAAAGCCUUUGUUAAUUCCCUAGUACAAUAUAUUGCAAAUGUAUCACUAAAUAAA